GAGAUACUUCAGAUCGCUAAGUUCACUCUCCUAUUAACAUCAGAACCUCCACCUUCUGACACCAUGGUCAGCUCCUGUUGUGGCUCCGUCUGCUCUGACCAGAGCUGUGGCCGAAGUCUCUGCCAGGAGACCUGCUGCCGCCCCAGCUGUUGCCAGACCACCUGCUGUAGGACCACCUGCUAUCGCCCCAGCUGUGGUGUGUCCAGCUGCUGCCGCCCCAUCUGCUGCCAGCCCACCUGCCCUCGCCCCACCUGCUGCAUCUCUAGCUGCUCCCGCCCCUCCUGCUGUGUUUCCAGCUGUGGUUCCAGCUGCUACAGGCCUACCGGCUGCAUCUCCAGCUGCUACAGGCCCCAGUGCUGCCAGCCUGUGUGCUGCCAGCCCACCUGCCCUCGCCCCACCUGUUGCCUCUCUAGCUGCUACCGCCCCUCCAGCUGUGGGUCCAGCUGUGGCUCCAGCUGCUGCAGGCCUACCUGCUGCAUCUCCAGCUGCAGGCCCCAGUGCUGCCAGCCUGUGUGCUGCCAGCCCACCUGCCCCCGCAUCUCCAGCUGCUGCCGCCCCUCUUGCUGUGGCUCCAGCUGCUGCCGCCCGAGCUGCUGCCUGCGCCCAGUGUGUGGCCGGGUCUCCUGCCACACCACUUGCUAUCGCCCCACCUGUGUCAUCUCCACCUGCCCUCGCCCCGUGUGCUGUCCCUCCUCUUGCUGCUGAGCCCGCUGCCCUGUGACCACUGUCUCCGUUUACCCCUGUCCCCAUAGAUGCAGACCCUCCUUUGGGGUUGAUGUUGCUCAGCUAAACAGGACUUCAUAAUUCCAGUGAGAAACCAGACCUGCUGUCGAAGGAGAUGGAUAUGGCAUGGAGAAUUUCUCCAGUAACAGAUUUUCCCCUUUCACCUGAGAAUUGGUAAACUCAUUCUAACUUCUUUUCCUAAGACUUUUUUGUAACCUGAUCUAUUUCUGUACCAAAAUAAAGUGACGCUUUCUGUAUUAAAAAUUCA